CGAGCGGCGGGCAGUCACGUGACGCGACGGCUGGGGCUCCCGGCGCGGGGGACGCUGGUGGCCAAGAUGGCGGCGGAGCUGGUGGAGGCCAAAGACUUUUUUUCUUCCUACGGUUGCUCUUCUUUAGAACAUGGUGAUGAGUUUUAGAGUCUCCGAUCUCCAGAUGCUUCUUGGUUUUGUUGGCCGAAGUAAGAGCGGACUUAAACAUGAACUUGUCACCAGGGCAUUACAGCUUGUCCAGUUUGACUGCAGCCCUGAAGUCUUCAAGAAAAUUAAGGAACUCUAUGAGACUCGAUAUGCCAAGAAGAGCUCUGACCCUGUACAACCCCACCGGCCUUUGGACCCACUCUCCAUACAUUCUUCCUAUGAUCGGGGAAGCACUGUCCCCAGGACUUCUAUUUCUACUCCCAACAUUGACUAUCCUGUGCUGUAUGGGAAAUACCUAAAUGGACUUGGACGAUUACCCUCUAAAGUUGUCAAGCCAGAAGUCCGCCUGGUGAAACUGCCCUUCUUUAAUAUCUUGGAUGAAUUGCUGAAGCCAACAGAGUUAGUCCCACAGAAUAGUGAGAAGCUGCAGGAGAGCCCAUGCAUUUUUGCGUUGACGCCGAGACAAGUGGAACUGAUCAGAAACUCCAGGGAGUUGCAGCCUGGAGUGAAAUCGGUUCAAGUGGUACUAAGAAUCUGCUACACAGACACUAGCUGCCCCCAGGAAGAUCAGUACCCUCCUAACAUCGCAGUGAAAGUCAACCACAGCUACUGCUCAGUUCCGGGCUACUAUCCAUCAAAUAAACCCGGAGUGGAGCCAAAACGGCCCUGUCGUCCCAUUAAUCUCACACACCUCAUGUACCUAUCUUCAGCAACAAACCGAAUCACUGUCACCUGGGGGAAUUAUGGAAAGAGUUACUCAGUGGGUUUAUACUUAGUACGGCAGCUGACCUCAUCAGAACUCCUGCAGAGGUUGAAAACUAUCGGAAUCAAACAUCCGGAACUCUGCAAAGCACUUGUCAAAGAGAAGUUGCGCCUUGAUCCUGACAGUGAAAUUGCUACCACAGGUGUCCGAGUGUCUCUCAUCUGUCCGCUAGUAAAGAUGCGACUCUCCAUGCCUUGUCGGGCUGAGACCUGUGCCCACCUGCAGUGCUUCGAUGCAGUAUUCUACCUCCAGAUGAAUGAGAAGAAACCUACCUGGAUGUGUCCUGUGUGUGACAAACCAGCCCCCUAUGACCAGCUGAUAAUAGAUGGCCUCCUGUCCAAGAUCCUAAGUGAAUGCGAGGAUGCAGAUGAGAUCGAGUAUCUGGUGGAUGGUUCUUGGUGUCCUAUCCGAGCUGAGAAGGAGAGGAGCUGCAGCCCCCAGUGCCCAAUCCUUGUCCUUGGAUCCUCUGAUGUGAAUGGGCUGUUACCCACCCCCAAUGGGAACAGUGAAAACGGAAAGCCAAGUGCUGACGUGGUGGACCUCACACUGGACAGCUCAUCCUCAGAAGAGGAGGAGGAAGAGGAGGAGGAGGAAGAAGAAGAUGAAGAUGAAGAAGAUGGCCCCCAACCCAAACGCCGCUGCACGUAUGAAAAAGGUCUAGUCUCCGCCUGCUGACUGGGACCUGGAGCGAGCAUUGUCCUCUGGGGACAGACUUGAAUACUCUGGUGCUUACAAAACUGGGAGGGAGGCAGGUUGGUUGGGGGUGAAGGGUGUGGAGGGAGGAGGGAUUUUUCCCCACCCCCUUACCCCAUUCUUCCUCUUUAGUUUCUUUGGACUUUACAAAGUUAACAAUUAAAAACAAGCAAACAAAACACACCACACACACACACACACACACACACACACACAGAAACACACACACACAUACAGCAACAAAAUUGAGCUGCUUCCCAGUUGGAAAAAAAAAAAGACAAAUUUGAGCCUGGAGGAAGGAGUGGGGCACCCAGGCUGGUUUAUUGGGUUUCAUGGAGUCCACCUUGCAGUCAGCAUGGGAGGCAGUUGCCCAGGAAGAGACUCCCAGCCCUGGCCAGCCUUGACCUUCCUGCCUCCACCCCCCACCCCCCCUUCCCCCACCAAAUCCCAAUUGACCAUGUCUCCAUUCCAGGCCAUCUCCAAAGUUCCAUGCAUUUCUCUGUUGUUAAAUAACCAUUCCUGACUGUCUACAUGCCUUGCUGGGUCUUUGGAUGAUUGGGGAGGGAUGGGGGCGGGGAUGGGACUGUG